AUGACCACAAAGCUCAUGGACGUUGCAGAAAUUCGUUUCACCCAGGAGCAUGUGUACGACACCUUCAAUGCCAACUCGGACCGCGCUGGCAGCGUCUUAGACCUGAUGGACUCAAUUCUGAAAGGGGAGAAAACUCCUUGGGACAUUCCCCUCAUCCGUGUGGCCGCCAAGAAGGGUGCAUACUGGUGCGUUGACAACCGCCGGCUCUUCACAUACAAGCACCUCCAGUUGGGUACGAUACCCGUCGAGGUGUUUAGUUGGAAGGACAACCGUGAGUUUGAGCUCAAAUACAAGAACGGUCUACCGUUCCGUCAACAGACGAGCAAUGGCCUCCGAAUUGGCCUCCUUCAAAGAAGUGGUCGGCCAUUUCCAAGGAGCCCGGUGGCUGAACCGACGUUGUCAAAGUUCACGAAGUUCUUCACACCAGCACAACAGCGAAAGCAUGAGGCCCAGAUCGCAGCGCUGCGAAAGAAGCGGGACAAGGAAGCUCGAUCCUGCUCGGAUGCGGUCUCCACUGCUGCCACCGCCCUGGAGGACCUUCUACAGGGUGGCACGACCGGUCCUGAGGAAACGCCAAAGAAGCGGAAGAGAAAGUUGAAGAAGGCCAUGUCUGACACAAACCGAGCUUCUUCAGCCAAGAAGAAGCCUAAGUCUAGUGUGGAGGCCGCCGAUCACGGGGACAAGGUCACGGUGACGGUGGCAAAAGAGGAUUCAGACGAUGAGGAGUUCGACGUCGAGAUCACAGCGCCUCUGUGA